AACAGGAGGAAGGUUGAGGGGCCGUAAGAGAGAGAGAGAGAGAGAGAAAGAGAGGAGAAAGUGUCAACACUGACUGAUCUGAUGGUCAUCUCUGUCUGUCUUCAUGUCACCACAGGCACCGCUUACUUUAAAGGCUGCUUCCAUGAAAGGGCGUGUCAAAUGUUGACCAGUUCAGCAACCUCAUCUGGUCGGUGCUGCAGUACUGACCGGUGCAACCGUUAAUUGAUCAGCACUGACUCAUCUUCAAAUAAAUCAAUACAUAAAUACAAUCCAACAUGUAUUCAUCACUGCAUUAUGACUAAUAAAUAUUACUAAGCUGCCAAUGAUGUCCACGUCCUUUGAUUUAAAUAUGGACAUUUCUGUGUCUGUUACUUUGUGAGAACAGUGAGUUUUAAUGUGAAAAAAACUAAGAACUGGUAAUAUGAUGUUGAUAACUUGUUCAUUCACUUCCUGCUUUGGAAACAGGAGCAAAUCCUUUCUCGGUGUAAAACCUUCCCUCAUACAACAGUAAGGAAGAAGGUCGUACAAUUCUCUUAUAAAUGACAUUAGGUGUCAUUUACUUUCCUCUUUCAAUAAUGAUAUAUCUUAAAGAUAACACUUAGACGUUUUACCUGAUGUGAGAUUAAUAAAAAAAAUUCAAAAACAAAAACAAUUUCACCAUAAAUUAUAUUUUGUAUACGUUUGAAUAUGUGAUUAAAUCAAGAUAAUGUGAGAAUAAUAAAGCAAGAACCAACGGUUGCAAGGAAAUUAGCGUUUUAAUGACGUAAUACUUCUCACCUCGUUGGAUUGGUUCAUCUUUUGCGUCACGUGACAGGCAAACCAGGAAGUGUUUUUGUUCGCCAAAGCGGAAGUACUCAUUUUACUGCAGUCAGGAGUGUACAGGCAUCAAAGGAGAAUAUAUCAUUAGAAGGAAAUAACUGUGGUUAAAGUCGUAGUCUGCCAGACGGGGCAAAGAUUCUUUCUUUGCUGUCAUUUUCCACAAUCUGCCAGGACCUUCUUGUCACCCACCACCAUCUGUACCUGUGGGUUCAGAGUUGCCUCUUGUCUAAACCCCCCUGUAAGCUGGUAGUUUUCUGCCCCUCUCAGGCAAUUGACCUCUACAACAGUCUUCAAUGGCUGGCCGCAGUGCAACAGCAGUAAGGCCCAAUGGUUCUGCAACAGCAAACAAGAUCUGCCAGUUUAAACUGGUGCUGCUGGGGGAGUCAGCAGUGGGCAAGUCCAGCUUAGUGCUGCGCUUUGUCAAAGGCCAGUUCCAUGAAUUUCAAGAGAGUACCAUUGGAGCUGCCUUUCUCACUCAGACUGUCUGUCUGGACGACACCACUGUCAAGUUUGAAAUCUGGGACACGGCGGGUCAGGAACGUUACCACAGCCUGGCUCCAAUGUACUACCGAGGAGCACAGGCAGCUGUUGUUGUCUACGACAUUACCAAUCCAGACACAUUUGUACGAGCAAAAAACUGGGUGAAAGAGCUGCAGAGGCAAGCCAGCCCCAACAUUGUGAUAGCACUGGCAGGAAACAAGGCAGACAUCGCCAACAAGAGAGCUGUUGAUAUUCAGGAGGCCCAGACGUAUGCCGAUGACAACAAUCUACUCUUCAUGGAGACGUCAGCCAAGACAGCCAUGAACGUCAAUGAAAUUUUCAUGGCUAUUGCUAAGAAGUUGCCGAAGAAUGAUGCUCAGGGUGGAACUGGACAGGGUGGACGAACCCGAACAGGAGUAGAUCUACAAGAAAAUGCUCCUCAGGGACGCAGCGGUCAUUGCUGCGGCGGCAGCAACAACUAGCAAGUACAAAUAGAACAAGUUUAGUGAGCGAGCCUGGAACAUUGUUUUAAGGACACCAUGUAGCAAAGCCCAGAGAGGCAGGACAGAGCAGAGCCUUUUGCAACUCCUGCACUUAAACUGAGAUUACAGAUGAGAUUAUCUGGAUGCUCUUUGAAUAAAGGAACAUUUUUAAAAGAAUCAUAAGCUAGAGGGAGUAACCACAGUCCCUCAUGACUUCUCUUCCGUCUUUACUUGUUGUUACUUACUUCUGUUUCCUUCUUCCUUCUAUGUUGAUUGAAUUCUGACUUUUAGGGGUGAUUUUUUUUUUUUUUUUGACAUUUCCACCAAUUUAAAUCUUUUGUGUAAUAUCUGUAUGUAAUAUAUAUACACUCGCAGGGUUGGUUAAUUUCAGCUUUUGUUUUUUUUUUUUUUUCUUUCUUCAGAGUAUACAUGGAUAUGAUCUAUUAAAAAUAGUGAUUCUCUUCCCUAGGGACCUGUUCAAGAGCACAGCAGAAAAAAUCUAAAAGGCUUUACACAUGAAGCUGUUUCUAAAAUCAUGCAACAAAUGCAUAUGUUAAAAAUAAGUGUAUUGUAACACCAAACAGUUGUUAGCCUUUUUUUAAAUGAAAUAUGACAAUAACUCUGUAAAUCUUAAAAUAAUAAAUGACAUACAACAAUCGUAUUUUGUUUUGUUGCAUGCAAUCUAUUAUUUUAGUCUCUUGUUUUUGUCUUAUUAACGAGUAUUAACUGUUUUUUUUUUCUUUUUACAAUUAAUUGAUUUUAAGGUUUCAGUAAACAUUUGUCACCAAUAGAUGGCAGCAUUUCACUGGAACUCACCUACACUAACCAAUCCGGCGCUCCGUUCCUUCGUGAUACCGUUGAUGUACUUGUUUUGAGUGUCCAGUAGUAAAGUGCCUCAUAAAACCUGA